AUGUUUAGCCACCAACCUGCCUUAAUCGCAGUGGCAGGAACAUAUAAAAACUCCACUGUUCAUAAUAACUGCACUUGGGACACUGAGACAAAGUUAACUCUAACUGAAGUUUCAGGAACUGGAACCUGUAUCGGAAACCCUCCUAGCAAUCUUCGCUCAUUAUGUAACACCACUACCCAAGUGUCCCUCUCUAAGGGAUACUUAGUUCCCAAUACCAGAUAUUGGUUGUCCUGCAAUACUGGAUUAACCCUGUGUGUCUCUUUAGCUGUUUUUGAUUCUAACUCUGAUUACUGUGUGUUAAUUUAUCUGAUGCCCCGGGUAUACUAUCACCAUGAUGAUGAAUUUGUUAAUGAAUUUGAUCAUGCACCUGAGCAUCAUUUUCGCAGAGAACCUAUUAUUAUAACCCUAGCAGUCUUAUUAGGAAUAGGAGGAAUAGCUGCAGGAAUAAGUACAGGGACUUCAGCACUUGUCAAUGCGCAACAACAAUACCAUGAGUUAAAAACAGCCAUAGACGAGGAUCUUCGGGCUAUAGAGUCAUCAAUUACUCGACUAAAAGAAUCCCUGACCUCCUUAUCUGAGGUAACCUUACAGAAUAGGAGUGGACUAGACUUAUUGUUCCUCAAAGACGGCGGUCUCUGUGCCACGCUAAAAGAAGAAUGUUGCUUUUAUAUUGACCAUUCAGGAAUAAUAGAAGACUCCAUGCAAAAGCUAAGGGAAAGGUUAGACAAAAGAAAACGAGACCAAGAAUCUCAGGAAACAUGGUUCGAGAGCUUAUUUUAUAAGUCCCCAUGGUUAACUACUCUUGUAUCUACCCUUAUAGGUCCUUUAAUACUCUUGUUUAUAUUGUUGCUAUUUGGGCCUUGUAUUAUAAAUAAGUUUGUUACGUUUGUUAAAGAUCACAUCAGUACUGUUCAAUUAAUAGUUCUAAGACAACAAUAUCAAAAUAUGAGAGAACCUGACUGCAAUGAUACUGCCUCCAGAGAUUCUUGGUUCUAUGAUUAG